UCCUCCGCCAUCCGCGUUUCGCACUGUCGUUUGUAUCGAGUAAACACAUUGAUUUGUUGAUUUGGAGACACACAUUGCGGACCUGCAUAAAACCUUCAGCAUUUUUCUUUCGACAUUCUUGUCGCCUUUGCCUUUGCAGACUCACUACUCUGAAGAUUAGCUGCCAGCAGUCGCCCAAGGUUAUCCUCUGCAACUGCAAUUCUAACAUCUGCUUAUUUCCAGAUAUACCUUGAAUACUUUCACAAGGAAUUCACUCUGCUCUAAUCGACCCAGACUGCGCUUCCUACAGAUUCCAGCCACUCCCACGAUCCAGCCAGCCAUGGAAGUCAAUAUCCAACCGCAGGCUCUCUCGGACACCAUCGUCGACAAGGCCCUUGCGUCAAGCACCAAGUCAACUUCCAGUAUCACCGUGACGCCCAUCCCCGCCGUGCUGAUCGACACGACCUUCUCAUCUUCAACUAACUUGUCCACCACCGUCCUCGGCGCAUCCAUUGUGUCUUUCUCGGACGAAUACUUCGCUGCCGCCUCCAACCUCCUCACCCCCACGCCUCCCAUUCGAAAACCGGGUGUGUUUGUACAUACUGGGGCGUGGUAUGACGGAUGGGAAACGAGGAGGCAUAACCCCAAGGAAUAUGACUGGGUGGUGAUCAAACUCGGUUGUGUGGCACAGAUCGAGGCCGUGGAAGUGGACACGAGUUACUUCAACGGGAACGAGGCUCCCCUCGCUGGACUGGACGGAGUUGCCUUUUCGAGUGACGAGGACGAUAGUGAGGUCGCAAAGGAAGGCUAUGCUGGAUGGACUGAAGUUCUGCCCCCGCAGAAGUGUGGACCCUCGCAACGACAGGCAUGGAAGGUAUCUGGUCCUGGUGUGCAGGGGAAGCAGUUCACCCAUUUGAGGUUAAAGCAGUACCCAGACGGAGGGAUUGCCAGGUUGAGGGUCUAUGGGACAGUGGUCCCCCCGUCGUUACCGGCGAGUGUAACCUCGGGAAAGGAGGAGAGGCCCCUGGAGGACCUAGCCAGUGCGCUCAACGGCGGUGUCGCCAUUGAGUGCUCAGAUCAGCAUUUCGGCGGCAAGAACUAUCUACUCCUACCCGGCAGAGGGAAGGAUAUGGGAGACGGAUGGGAGACGGCCAGAAGCAGGGUCAAGGGCCACACAGACUGGGUGAUUGUUCGCCUGGGGUUGAAGGGCAGGAAGAUCGAGAAAGUCAUUGUCGACACCAAAGACUUUAGGGGGAACUUCCCCCGGGCUGUGAAGGUCGAGGGCUGGGCCAUGGAAGUGGCCAAGGCGGCCCUGGGCACCGAGGCGGACCCCAAGCAUGACGCGACGGGCUGGACGGCACUGAUUAAGGGAGAGCAGCCUUGCCAAGCGGAUACAGAGCAUGGUUUCGAGGGUGAGCAGCUGGUGGUUUCUGAGCCUCCGGAAGGCCACGUGUGGACGCAUGUUAAGAUGACCAUUAUCCCUGAUGGCGGCGUUAAGAGACUGAGGAUAUUUGGGAGGAGGGCGUGAUGAUGCUUGACCCGGUGUAUACCUACUAGGUAUACAAGGUAUCGACAAGUAGUACAUGUACAGACAUCUCACCACUGUUUGUCGCC